AUGGCCACCGAGUUGACCGUCCAGUCGGAACGUGCGUUCCAGAAGCAGCCUCACAUCUUCGUCAACCCCAAGACCAUUGCGAAGAGCAAGAAGGUUGCCUCCGGCCGCAGAUGGUACAAGGAUGUCGGUCUGGGUUUCCGUACCCCCAAGACCGCCAUUGAGGGCACCUACAUCGACAAGAAGUGCCCCUUCACCGGUCUGGUCUCCAUCCGUGGUCGUAUCCUGACCGGCCGUGUCGUCUCCACCAAGAUGCACCGCACCAUUGUCAUCCGCCGUGAAUACCUCCACUACGUCCCCAAGUACAACCGUUACGAGAAGCGCCACAAGAACCUUGCUGCCCACGUUUCUCCCGCUUUCCGUGUUGAGGAGGGUGACUGGGUUACCGUCGGCCAGUGCCGUCCCCUUUCCAAGACUGUCCGCUUCAACGUCCUCCGUGUCCUUCCCCGCACCGGUAAGGCCGUCAAGGCUUUCAGCAAGUUCUAAGCGUGUCGAUGAGGAAGUGUUUUCGAGAGGAAAAUAACCUAGGGCUGCGGCGUGACUGGAUAUACAAUGGAUUAGUUAAACGGGUUGGGAUUGUUUCACGAUUUCAUGUCCCAGGUACCCUUGAGAAAGAAUAUCCAAUGAAAAAAUUCUUUUGAUUCUCCUUAAUGGCAGUCCACCGUGCAACACGCUUGGGCACGGCUCGGGCCUGUCCCUAGGUUCCACUUUGAAUACUACACGGAUUGAGCAUUGAAAUGUGAGGCGCAUUCUUCGAAUUCUACCUACAAAUUUUUCUGGACGAGAAACGGAGUUAGGGUGGAUUUGUCUACGAUCAACGGUCAUCUCAAAAGUGUGCUUUAGCAUAAGUACUGCCAAACAGCUCCUUGUGUUACAUUUGUUCAAAUUCUC